GUCACAGCUGUUCGUCUGAUCUCGCGCGCUCAGCUGUUACGUACAGUGCGUGCUGACGGUGACGUGAGUUUGAAUCCUCCGCUAGCUGCGCGCGCGCUCCCGCCAGUGCAGUCGGUGAGAGAGGAACACGGAGCCCGGGGAGCGAAACGCACGUGUAACUGGCCAUGACGACAGAUCCAGGCUCAGAAUCGGAGCAGUCGCGCACAGAAUCCAGACCACAGCAGACAGACGACACACAGCUACCGGCAUCAGGACACAGCAGCCCGGGUCAAGCAGAGGUCAGAUCAGCUGAUCAGCACCAGGACGACUACAUUUCCCAGAAGUCUUUGAGCAGCAGACUCUCCUGGUCAGCGCGAGGCAGGACUCAGCGACUGAAGGUCAUGGAGUGUAAGGUCAAACUGCUGGACGGGACCGACUACACCUGCACCGUGGAGAAAAGAGCGAAAGGUCAGGUGCUGUUCGAUAAGGUUUGUGAUCACCUGAAUCUGCUGGAGAAGGACUAUUUCGGCAUUUCGUACCGGGAUGCUGAAAACCAGAAGAACUGGCUGGACGUUUCUAAAGAGAUGAAGAAGCAGAUCAGCACUGGUCCCUGGAGCUGUGCCUUCAGUGUGAAGUUUUAUCCUCCCGAUCCAUCGCAGCUCUCCGAGGACAUCACCAGGUAUUAUCUGUGUCUGCAGCUGAGGGACGAUGUGGUUUCUGGGCGUCUGCCGUGCUCUUUCUCCACUCACACGGUGUUGGGCUCCUACACGGUUCAGUCGGAGCUGGGAGACUGUGACGCUGAGCUGCAGGGGUCCAGUUACAUCAGCGACAUGUGUCUGGCCCCGAAUCAGACCAAAGAGCUGGAGGAGAAAGUGCUGGAGCUCCACCGCGGACACAAAGGAAUGACUCCUGCUGAAGCUGACAUGCUGUUCCUGGAAAACGCAAAGAAACUCUCCAUGUACGGAGUCGACCUGCAUCAUGCCAAGGAUUCGGAGGGUGGGGAGAUCAUGCUGGGAGUUUGUUCCAGCGGCCCUCCUCGUACAGAGAUACUGCGCAUCAAUCGCUUCGCCUGGCCCAAAAUACUCAAGAUCUCCUACAAGAGGAACAACUUCUACAUCAAGGUGCGGACCGGGAGAGCUGGAAAACAGUUUCCCGAGAGCACCAUCGGGUUCAACUCCCCCCAAUCACAAAGCAGCAAAGCGACUCUGGAAAGUCUGGCGUGGAGCAUCACAUCCUUCUUCAGCUUGCGUCCUGAUAGGCUGGUUUCUCCUGAAGCUCCUCCCAAGCGCUUCCUGUCGUUGGGCUCAAAGUUCCGCUACAGCGGACGAACACAAGCACAGACGCGUCGCGCAAGCGCUCAGAUCGCUCGAGCCGCGCCGCAGUUCCAUUCCAGAAGGCGACGACACACACUCGUCACAGCCGGCAUGGACAGCACGACGGUCAGCCAUGACGACGGGAAGAACGACAAACCUGCUGUUGCUAUAGAUGACUUCAUCGCCAUGGAAACACCGGAGAAGAAAGCAGAGGAGAUGAACUCAGUGGAGGAGGAGAAUAAAGUCAACAGUGACGAAUCGGAACAAGCCCCGCCCCCCUCCGUCACCAAGUCGUGUCCGUACUCAUCGGAUCCGUUGGGAUCUGAGCUCUCCCUCCCGUCUUCUCCCGUCUCGUCCACCAAAGUGCGCAGGAGACGCAGGGAAAGCAGCCGCAAGCGGGCCGCCUCCGUGAGUCCCGCCAAAACCACGGCGGGCUGCCGGCGGCGUCAGGCCCAAGCGGACCGUAAAGCGGCUCUUCUGGAGGAGCAAGCGCUGCUUCUGUCCGCACGCAAGCAGAGACUGAACCAGAGCCGCAGCCGAGGAGGCACACUCUUCUCCUUCUCGCUGCACCUCCCCGAUCUGCCCUCGCUGCUGGACGAGGACGGUUACCUGAGCUUCCCUGACCUCACCGAGCUGCGCUUCCUCCCCGAGAGCCUGCAUCACUUCAUGCCCAUCAAGUCUCCCUCGCUCAUCCCCUGCUUCCUCUUCAUCUUCUUCUUCCUUCUCUCCACCUCGUUCUCCGUGCCGUACGCGCUCACGCUGUCCUUCCCGCUGGCGCUGUGUCUCUGCUAUCUGGAGCCCAAGGCCGCGUCGCUCGGAUCAUCUCUGGCACAGGGCUUCCAGGACAGUUCAGAGGACGAGACAGACAGCGAUCAAACCGACUUCACGUGUGACGACGACACUUCAGCGACUGAGGUGUAUUAUAGUCUGACUCUUGAGGACAACUUUGACAUAAAGACACAGAUGUCGGAGGAGGUUACAGCCGAAGCUGAAGAUGUUCCAGUAAAGCCGGAUCAUUCGGCCGAUGCUGCGGAGCAGUCGGAGGAAGCGGUUAAAGAUGUUGCUGUGGUUCACACCGAGACCAAGACCAUCACGUACGAGUCUGCAGAGGUUGAUGCGGAUGGCGACUCAGAUGCAGGCGUCUUCAUGAGCGCUCAGACCAUCACAUCAGACAAACAAAUCACCAAGACGGUGAAGGACGGUAUUUCAGAGACUCGCAUCGAGAAGAGGAUCGUCAUCACCGGAGACGCAGACCACGACCAGGCUCUGGCUCAGGCCAUUAAAGAGGCCAAAGAGCAGCACCCAGACAUGUCGGUCACUAAAGUAGUGGUUCAUAAAGAGACAGAGAUCUCAGCUGCUGACGGUGACGCGUGAAUCUCGCAGGAAUAAGAUCCAAACUUCCCCUUGAACUCAUCAGCUCAGAACCAGCACGUGACCUCUGACCUCAGACAAAACACGAGAUCUUCGUCAUCAAACCAUCAGCUUCACCCUCGUCCAACCAAACCCGCGCUGAGAUGAAGGACUCAGAAACCAAGAAGGGGGAAACGAAGUUUCCAGGAGAAAAUGUUUGCCUUAAAAUGUCUGAUUUCUUCAAAUGAUUCAAAAUAUUAAUUUAUGCCACUUUGGUUUAUUUAUAGUGUAGCGUGACUCACAGACACACGUCCAGGUCAAAAUCAAUCGGAUUCUUGCAGUGAAAUGUCAAGCUUCAGAAAACAAACGCGGCUGAAUUAAAACUAGUUUCUACUUGGAUCAUAAGUGCAUUUUUAUCGCAGUAGUUGUUAUUGUUAUUGUUUUUUCUGGCACUAACGGAUUCUGCAUUAUAUAUGCAAAACGACAAAAAAUGAGUACGGAGAAAAAAAGUUGUGCACUAUUUUAAGGGCUUUUGGUAGCUUUGUAAAACAGUGUUUUUGUUGUCGGAGCAGAAACGCAGCGGCGCUUUGGUUCGGUACUGAAGCUCCCACAGAAAUCCCUCCGCCUGACCUUUGACCUUUUCUUAUAUUUGACCCCGAGAGGGCUCCACUGUUUUGAGAGUGUAAUGGGGGGGAUGAGAGAGAAAUGUAAUCGAUGUGAUUUGUUUUGAGUUUUUAUUUUGGAAUAAAAUACUGUUGAAAUCGA